AUGAACAUCAACAAGAAGUUCGAUCGCAUGAAGCAAUGGGGCAAGGAGCGUAUGGGAGGCGAGGUCAAGACGGAUACCACGGAUGACUUCAAAUCGCUAGAGAUGGAGAUGGAUCUGCGGCACAAUGGAAUGGAGAAGCUCAAGAAGUCCGCCGAUAUCUACGUCCAGCACACCGCGAAGCGCGAGAAGUACCAAGACAAGGAACAGCAACUGCCCAUAGGCUAUUUUGGCUCAACAAUGGUCGCUCACGGGGACGACUUCGAACCAGACUCCGAGUUCGGCCAGUGCCUCUCUUCCUUGGGACGAGCCAACGAGCGUAUUGCCCGCAUGCAGGAGACGUACUGUGCCAAUGCUACCAGCAGCUGGCUGGAAUCGCUGGAACGAUCUCUAGUACAGAUGAAAGAGUUUCAAAGAGCACGGAAGCAGUUGGAUAGCAGGAGAUUGGCCUAUGACACAGCUUCGGUUAAGAUGCAGAAGAGCAAGAAGGAAGACUUCAGGAUGGAGGAGGAGCUCAGGAACCAAAAGAUGAAGUACGAGGAGAGUAGUGAGGACGUCUACAGAAGGAUGAUCGACAUCAAGGAGGCUGAGGUCGAGUCUGUGCAGGACUUGACGAGCUUCCUGGAAGCGGAGUUGACCUACUACGAUCGAUGCCGAGAGGUUCUGAUGCAGCUGAAGCGAGACUGGCCAGCACAAGCCAUGGUCGGUGGCAUCAGCAGAGCUAGCACAGCAUCGCCGGUGAACGGCGGUGCUCCGAGACGCAACACUACCCGCUCCCGCGCAAGCUCCAUCAACGACCGCUUUGGCAGAAUCGAAGAAGACGAGCCUCUUGAACCUCCUCGCAGAAUUGGUUCCAGGGUCCCCUCAGCAGCCAGCUCACCACGCAAAGAACUUCCCGGCUUCGAUCUCCCCGUCCGACCAAACCAGAACACACGCAGCACCUCCACUCCCGGAUUCGAGGGUCCCACAUCCCUGAACCGCGGCGAAAGCCCAGCAGGAAUGCCACGAUUGUCUCGAGUACCCACAGAACCGUCUCAACUCCUUGGAGCACGAAGUAACUUACGAAUCACGAAAUUGCGAGGCCAGGAUGGAGCGCCUGAUGUCUUUGGGGAUGACCAUAGCGAUUACGGAUCAUCUACUUUUGAUGAGCACCACAGGACUCCAAGCUGGAGCACCAUGUCGCAGGAUGGUGGCAGUCAGACGAAGAAAGCGCCACCUCCACCACCGCCUAGCAGGGCGAAGAAGCCGCCACCACCGCCGCCGAUGAAGAGGAGUGCUCUUAGUUCGAGUGAAGUGCCUCAGUAUUGA